AACAGCAGCAACUCCUUUUUAGACUUGCAAACAACGCAAUGUAGAAUGCGCCUACCCCUCUCUUUGACAUGCAGCUGCAAUCAUGCCAGCCAUGGGUGCGCAGAAGCCGCGCAUCUCGAUAUGGCAAGGUGAACUUGGCCUCUCUUGGAACGCCUCAUGCAUUUGCGGCUGAUUUGCCCUCGAACCAUUAUUUGCGAGUCCCGCUCUCUCAAAAGUCACCCGCUGCUCUGGGCUAUUCAUUUCAUGUCCUAAUUUUUGCAUAUUGAUACCCGCCGCUUUCGCUGGAGCGGCUCUCCACCGCUCUUACGCGUUGUACCGUUACUACGUGCCAUCGCACCACCGUCGUCGUGCAGAGUGUGCAGCGCUUGGAACUGAUCAGCACGACAAUGUCUCGAAAGAUGGCUCUCAGGCGGCUAUGUGCUGUUGCAGGCGUCUCUCUGGGCGUCUUUACAAUCACUACAGCUGCGGCGCAUGCCGAGCAGCCUUUGUCAGAUGCGCCCGCGCAAGUCUACGAGGCCAGAAAUCGUGACACACUUCAGACACACCUUCGUACCUCCGAAUCCGCAGCCAAUGCCUCCACCCCCAAUGCGCCCUCAUAUUCGCUAUACACAACCAGCAUACUACAAGACUUGCACGAUGGCCUCGAAACAAUGCAGAGCUCAUACUUCUCGAUAUGGUUGGGAAAGUACACCACUGCAAUCGAUUGGACUGCUGCUGUUAUGGCGACACAUGUCUCAGCAACCCUAGCCUCGCUCUCGCGCUCGCUCACGUACACAAUGCCUGGGACUUUCGACAAGUCCAAGAAUCUGGACGUUGAGGCGCAGAUGGUGGAGAACGAGAUCAACAAGUACUUCGGGCAGAUUGCAACGUACUACUUCGGCGAAGACCACUUUGCGAUAAGAAUGCAAGCGUACGACGACAUACUCUGGGUUGUGCUGGGUUGGCUCGAAAGCAUACAGUUCAUCGAAGGCCACUCUGCAGAACACUAUGCUUCUGGGUCGCAAAAAGAGGCGGCUGUUCCUGAAUGGCAUGCGCGCCAGUUCAUUCCGGCUUUCGCACAUCGUGCACGAAUUUUCUAUGAAAUUGCAGAGAAGGGCUGGGAUUGGCGCCUUUGUGGUGGAGGAAUGACUUGGAAUCCUCGCCUUCUGCCAUACAAGAACGCUAUCACAAAUGAGCUGUUUAUAUCGGCGAGCAUUGGCAUGUACCUGCAUUUCCCUGGCGAUGCGAACUGCGCACCAUUCCUCUCCCAGUACGACGAUAUUAAAGAUAAGAAGAACAGGAAGCCGAGCGAUAAGCUUCUUCGCGCGCAGGAGCGUGGUGAGCAGUGUGAUGAGAACACCCAGACUGAAAGCUCAUACGACCCUGUCUACCUAGCCAAUGCAAUCAAUGGCUACGAUUGGCUGAAGAAUAGCGGCAUGAAGAACAAGCAAGGCCUUUACGUUGACGGCUUCCACAUCGCCGGCUACCGCACUAAUCACAGCAAAACCGAGUGCGAUGAGCGGAACGAAAUGGUGUACACGUACAACCAAGGCGUCAUCCUUUCCGGUCUUCGAGGGCUCUGGGAAGCAUCUGGCAAGCAAACCUAUCUUGAGGACGGCCACGAGCUUAUCCGCAACGUCAUUCGCGCCACUGGAUGGACAGAUGGCCAGAUUUUCGCCGCAGCCUCCACUCACCCCGAGAAACCCGACCAGAUCCCCGAGUCGCAUCGGGACAUCCUCACCAGCUGGGCGGGUCUGGGCGCAGGCGGCAUUCUGGCUGAAGCGUGCGACCCGUCGGGAUCUUGCAACCAGAACGGCCAGACUUUCAAGGGCAUCUUCUUCCACCAUCUUACUACGUUCUGCAAGCCGCUUCCUGCCGUGCCGGUCCGUCUUGGUAGGACGUAUGCAGCGAGUCGCGAGACGAGGAUUCUGCAUGCUAGAAGCUGCAAGGAAUAUACGAAGUGGGUUGUACACAAUGCGAAGGCUGCUCUGAGGACGACGAAUAAAGAAGGCAGGUUUGGUAGCUGGUGGGGCGCGAAUGGACAUGCUGGGCAGAUAUUGAGAGUCCGAAGAGUGGCGAAUGCUAUGGAUUAUCAGAACCGGCCUGACGAGUAUUCGGCGCGAUUUGAAGAGGAGGCCCACACGUCGGAUGAUGCGGGGGGCGCAGAGGAUGAGGACGAGCGGCUGGCAGGCCACGAUAUGACUGGUGAUCACGACGAGAGAGAUGACACCGCCUCGAGAGACUGGAAUGAUCGUGGUAGAGGAAGGACUGUUGAGACGCAGGGUAGCGGUGUUGCGGUGCUGAGGGCAAUGCUGGAGUUCGAGAGACUCGGCCAAAGUGAUGAUGGGGGUUUCGUUCCGUGAGUCUGUACUGCAAGUACUAUUCGCACAUGAUAUCGUUACGUCGAAUUGCAGACAGUUCCACAAACACGGCUGUAUCAAAUAUUCUCGAAUUUGCGUUAUUG